CGUUCUUUGGUGGGUCUGUUCGAGUAGGAUGUGCAACGGAACACCAUUUACGGAACAACAGACAAGCUACGAUAUGGUUGAAUGGCCAUGCGCCGCCGGGCUCGCUCGCCUGGAGGGUUGCUAGGAGCCCGAUAGUGCCGCAAACAGAAAAACAACCGAACGUUUUUUCACCGCGCUAUUCAGGGGGAACAAUUGAUUUGCAUUCGUUAAAAUGAUUCUUUCCCGAACAAAAUCGGAGUCAGCCAAGGGAAACCGGAAUUCGGCAGGUGGCGGGUCGGGUUCAGCCGGAACCAGUUCCAAAUCUGCGGCAACGAUCCCUAGCUUCGAAGAGUUUUUGUUGAAACGGGAUUACAUUGGGGCCAAGACUGUGCUGCAGUGCUCGAAGGAUUACGACGAAGUGGCGGAUUCGUUAAAAGAGCUAUGGGUUUCGUUCUGCAAUUUCCACAUCGGGGACUAUAAAGAGGCUUUGGAACAGUAUGAAAAAAUCUACGACGCAGAUAAAAGUCAAAAGGAGGUGGCAUUGAACAUUUGUGUGUGUAUGUUCUAUCUGGGAAUGUACGAUGAGGCGCAGAAGUUAGUUGAAGAAUUGCCGGAAAACCCGUUGAAGAUUCGUUUGCUGUUUCAUUUGGCCCACAAACUGAGCGAGGAAGAUCGUUUAAUGGAGCUUCAUGGAUCACUUAGGGACGUGAUCGAAGAUCAGCUAAGUCUUGCGGGAAUGCAUUAUCUUCGGUCGCAUUACCAGGAAGCGAUUGAUAUUUAUAAGCGAGUCUUGUUAGACAACAAAGAUCUUUUGGCUUUGAACGUUUAUAUUGCUAUUUGCUACUAUAAACUGGAUUAUUAUGACAUUUCUCAAGAAGUUCUGGAACUGUAUUUAAACCAGCACCCAGACAGUACGAUUGCGAUCAAUUUGAAAGCCUGUAACCGAUUCAGGUUAUUCAAUGGUCGAGCAGCUGAACAGGAGAUAAAGAAUAUAGUCGAUAGCGGAACAUUUGGAUCGGAUUUGAUUAAACACAACCUGGUAGUUUUUCGGAACGGGGAAGGGGCGCUUCAGGUUCUACCGCAGCUAAUCGAUAUCGUCCCAGAGGCACGAUUGAAUCUGGCAAUUCAUCAUCUGCGUCGUCAUGAAAUUCAGGAAGCGCAUCAGCUAAUGAAAGAGGUUCAGCCUUCGGUUCCUCAAGAGUAUAUUCUCAAGGGAGUAGUUCACGCUGCUCUCGGUCAGGAAACAGGUUCCAAAGAACACCUGAAAAAUGCUCAACAAUGUCUGCAUCUUGUCGGAGGGUCUGCUUCGGAAUGCGACACUAUACCGGGUCGCCAAAGUAUGGCAUCCGCAUUUUUCCUGUACGGUCAAUUCGAGGAGGUCUUGGUGUAUCUCAACUCAAUCCGCAGCUAUUUUGUCAACGACGACGUAUUCAACUACAAUUACGCUCAGGCGAAGGCCGCCACCGGAUAUUACAAAGAGGCUGAAGAGCUUCUGCUUCAAAUUCAUGACCAAAGUAUCAAAGCCGAAUAG